AUGAAAUAAUUUAGAAUAUAUUUCUUAAUAAUCAUUGCUCUAAUCAAUCCUUCCUUCUCCAUCUACUAGACCCUAUUACUUUCCAUAAACAUUUGCUUAAUGCUGGUCAAUCAAUACUUAAGUUAUCACAAAUAUUUUAACAUUCAAAAAUUGGACAAUGUGAUGAUUUACUUAAAAUGGAUAGCCAUGUACGCUUAACUAUCUCAGAGUUGUUCACAACAGCAGAUAUGUGCUCAACUUAUACUGCUCACUGAACUUGAUUUGUUUAUCAAGACAAUAAUUGUGAUUGGAUCUUCAAUUAAUUCGGUCUUACAACCAAAUAUUUUUGAGUUUUACUUGACUAUUCCCUACAUGAUAUUGAUCUUAGGUGUGAUGCUAUAUGAUUAUUGGAAUAAUAAUUAAGAAAAACAAAAUAGUAACAUUCAACUCUAAUAAACUAAGUUUAUCAAUCUUAAAUAGUAGUCAAAUUAAUUUGAUAGAUAGUCUUCUUAAUUAUAGAUCCAAGAAAAUGCACUCAAGUCUCCUGAUUUAGAAUGUUAAGAUCAAUAAAAUAGUCCAAUGGUUCUAGACAUGCAAUGCAAUGAAGAAGAAGAUGUCCUAGCACACAUGGCAUGGAUUCACAAUUAAUCUAUUUUAGUCUAUAAUCAAAAUUUCGAGAUUACCUACUAAAACUUUUACUUGGGAAAACUUAAUAAUCUCCAAAGUAAAGGGGUGAAUCACGAUUACGAGCAAGUCUUUCUAGAAUCUGUGAUAGAAAUCGGAAGUAGGGAAGUAAAUGAUUUAUUUGGGAAUUCAGAAUUAGACUUAGACUAAGAAGAUUCCUUGAUUUUAGACAGCACUGUACAUAGUCGAUAUAAGAUAAAGGGUGGAUUACACAAAAUAAGACAGAUGAUAGCUGCUUUAUUUAGCAAUUACUAAAAAUGGAAAUUCUUUACUUUUACUCUCUUCAAAAUAAAAAGCAACGAACUUGAUUUCAGGAAUAUUCAGAUUAAGGUGUUGGUUACUGAAGUGAAAUCAAAGCUAUAUACACUCUUCAUGUUUGAGGCAAUGCAAAAGGUGUCUUCAAAAAGAGUGUUAGAUGAACCACUUCAAUUUUAAAAUGUUUUCUAAACCUUUCUUUCUGAAUCCAACAAUUACAUCAAUGUUAUACAUUUGUUGCUUCUUCUUUGUUCACAUGAACAUGAAAAGAAUGCAGGUAAAAUUUCAAAAGAAUACUUAAAACAAAUGAGAAUGAGCACUUAAAAAUUUAUGAUUUUUCUUGGAACCAUGAAAGAUCUAACUCUUUAACUUACAAACCAAUUGAUUUUCAGAAAUUCAACAUUCAAACUUGCUGAUAUCCUGGAUGAACUCUAACUCAUUUACGAAGAUUGCUUAAAAAUUAAGGAAAUUUCAAUCGUUCCAAUUAUCGAUACCGAUAUGAUUGUGUUCAAUGAUUCAGAUCGUACAAAAUAAAUUCUGAAAUGCCUUUUCGAAAUAGCUAUUAAAUACACUGUCACUUCCAAAAUUAGAAUAGAUAUUCAUCAAGUAUCACCAAACAAUUAUCAAUUUUAAAUAAAAGACAUCCCCUUUAAGGAAGAAAGUCAAAAGUCAUAAUAUCAAGCAGUUCUAAGAAACACAGCCUCGUUAAUGAAAACCAACUGCAAGGAUUUCGACAUGAGUAAUCUAUUGGAAUUGCAAGUUUCUGCGAUUCUAGCCUUUUUACUUUCUGGAUCUCUUCGUAAACCUUUAGAAUUGAGCUUGGAUAGUCACUUCUAAGGCACUUUCACAUUUACUGUUGAAUCCCUUCCAAUCAACACUAAACAUGGUUAUCUUGCUUAACAAAUCAAACCUAAACGUGCAUUUGAAACAUCACUCUCCAUGCUAUUGGCCUAAGCUUAAGACAGUUCUCAUUACAAGAAUGAGGAAUCUAAAUACAUGUCUUUCACUUAGAUUUCAAAGCAGUACUCACUAAAACCAGAUGUCCCAUUUGAUUUAUAAAGUGCUCAUUUCUCACAAAUAUCCAAAAUCAAAUAGGAGUCUCCUCAAAUCAAACCCCUUUAGGCUCAUAAGCCUCAAAGCAAAUUCAGGUGGAACUUACAAAAUAUAGGAUUCCCUGUUUCCAAAAAGUUUGAACACCAACAACCCAUCAAAAGUAAUCAAGAGUGA